GCCGUCACCAACAUCACUCAACUCAUUCCUCAGCCUCAACUCUGAGGUUUUCCCUCAAAUACUUAACUUCACACUCAAGUCACCAUCACCACAUAAAUUUGAGGUUUCCUCAAGUGAUAAUCUUGAGGAAAUCCUCAAAUAUUUAAGGUUAGCUUCAUAGCAACCUUAAAAUUUUCCUCAAGCAUAUUCAAUAUGGCAGGUAGACGUCGCAGACGACGUAGGUUUCUGAGAUAUCGGAAUCGACCAUCAAAAAGGGUUAUUCGGGACCGACUGAACCCUUUAGAAACCUACACGGACGAUGAGCUUUUCGAGCGGUAUAGAUUUCGGCAGGCAUCAGUCGUGUAUCUACUGGACUUGAUAGGCGGAGCUUUGAUAGACAGCACAAAAAUCAAUGCCUUACCUCCGCUCUUGCAGCUGUUUGUAUGCCUCAGGUUCUUUGCGACAGGCGCAUACCACAAACUUAUAGGUGAUAGUAUCAAUGUUUCCGAGUCCACCGUCGGUAGAUGCUGUAGAUCGGUCACGGAUGCCAUCCUUAGAGUUCGACAACAAUUCAUUGUAUUUCCCAGAGACGCACAAGCACGAAAAACUAAGCAAGAGUUCAUCAAAAUAGCCGGAUUCCCAAACACACUAGGCUGCGGUGAUGGAACGUUUAUAAGAAUCAUAGCUCCAUCUGAAAACGAACCGGAUUUCGUGAAUAGAAAGGGGUUUCAUUCUUUGAAUGUUCAGAUGGUUUGUGACACCAACUUCAAAUUUACGAGUGUGUGUGCCAGCUGGCCCGGCAGUGUUCACGACAGUAGAAUUUGGCGGGAAUCCUCCCUUUGUCGGCAGUUUGAAAGAGGUGAACACAAUGGUAUUUUGUUGGGCGAUUCUGGAUACCCCUGCAGACGUUUUUUAAUGACACCAUACCUAAACCCACAGACAAACACUCAUCAAAGAUUUAAUGCAUCCCUGUGUCGAACGAGAGUGCUCAUUGAACAAAGUUUUGGCAUUUUGAAACGAAGGUUUUCCUGCCUUCAUGGAACACUGAGAACUACCCCGGAACAGGCAGUGGCGUACGUCGUGGCCUGUGUCAUUCUUCACAAUCUCAGCAUUGAGACUGGUGAUGUGAUGGACAGACAAGACCAGCCAAUGGGCGCAUUUGACCAGACCGCUCACCAAGUUGCGUACAAUUCUCCAGAGGGAAGUCGCAUGCGCGAUUAUAUCGCACAGACGUAUUUCGGGUAGAGGUCGUGGACAGACUUUGGAAUUACAUGUACAUGUUAAAGCAGAAUCUCAUUUGAAAUGUUAAAUAAUGUUCGAAAAAUGAAUAGCUGUGUAACCUUUA